AUGGGAUACACUGACCCUUCGUCAAGCAGGGAUUUGCUGGGAAACAGAACUUUGUUCUUCAUAUUCAUCUGCGCCUUUGCCGUGGUCACCUUGCUGCAGCAGAUCCUCUAUGGGAGAAACUAUCUCAAAAGGUAUUUUGAGUUUUACGAAGGGCCUUUGGAAUACAAUUCUACCAAAUGCCUGGAGUUACGGCAGGACAUCAUUGAGGUGAAGGUUUUGUCGAUGGUGAAACAAACUGAAUUGUUUGACAGGUGGAAGAACCUACAGGUGUGCAAAUGGGAGAUGAAUGUCACAGAAGCAAAUUUAUUCAAGUCUACUUUGUCGAGGUGUUGUAAUGCCCCUGCCUUUCUGUUCACCACCCAGAAAAAUACCCCCUUGGGAACUAAACUGAAAUAUGAAGUGGAUACAAGUGGAAUCUUCCAUAUCAACCAAGAAAUCUUCAAAAUGUUUCCAAAGGAUAUGCCGUACCACCGCUCUCAGUUUAAGAAAUGUGCGGUGGUUGGGAAUGGAGGAAUUCUGAAGAACAGCAGAUGUGGCCGGGAGAUUGACAGUGCAGACUUCGUAUUUCGAUGCAAUUUGCCUCCUAUAUCUGAGAAAUACUUUACGGAUGUUGGGGUAAAGACGGAUGUCGUGACUGUCAAUCCCAGUAUAAUUACUGAGAGGUUUCACAAGCUGGAGAAGUGGAGGAAACCCUUCUAUGACGUGCUCCAGGUCUACGAGAACGCUUCCGUGCUGCUGCCAGCUUUCUACAACACUCGCAACACGGACGUCUCGAUCCGGGUCAAAUACGUCCUGGAUGAUUUCGAAUCUCAGCAAGCUGUUUAUUACUUUCAUCCCCAGUAUCUCAUCAACGUCUCACGCUACUGGCUCGGCCAAGGGGUGCGAGCCAAGCGGAUCAGCACUGGACUGAUCCUGGUGACUGCUGCCCUGGAGCUCUGCGAAGAGGUCCACCUUUUUGGCUUUUGGGCCUUCCCCAUGAACCCCUCAGGGAUUUUUAUAACUCAUCACUACUACGACAAUGUGAAACCUCGCCCAGGUUUUCACGCUAUGCCCUCAGAAAUCUUCAACUUCCUCCACAUGCACAGCAAGGGGAUCCUGCGGGUCCACACGGGGACCUGUAGCUGCUGUUGACUGGGACACUUCUUCCUCUGACACAGAAGUGUAACAGAAACUCAGUGUGUGGGAGGUUUUAUUACACCCUGAGAUUAUGCAAUAAUUGUUUGAUAUAAAUUUCCUCAAGGCAUUGCAUCCCAUAGGAUCUAGGAUACCAGCAUCUUUCCUGCUAGCAGAGUUGGGUCCACAACAGUGUCAGAGAAGCAAAACUCCUCUGACCCUGGG